AUGAAAAGAAAAGUGCCGAAUAUUAUAAUUACGGGCGUCCCUGGAUCUGGAAAGAGUACUCUUUGUGAGGAAUUAAAAGAAAUAAUAAAUAAAGAAUUAUUAGAAAUAAAAAAUAUGGAAGGUAUUAAAAUGACACAUUUAAAUUUAUCUAAUAUAAUAAAAGAAGAAAGGUUAUAUGAAGAAUUUGAUGAUGAAUUAGAUGCUAGUAUAUACAGUGAAGAUUUAUUAAAUGAAUACUUAAAAAAAUAUAAUUUAGAAGAAGGGGGAUAUAUAAUUGAUUUUCAUGAUAUAAAUUUUAUUCAAGAUAUAGAUAUAAUAGAUCAAAUAUUUCUAUUAACAAUACAAACUAAUUAUUUAUAUGAACGUUUAGAAAAAAGAAAUUAUUCUAAAGAAAAAAUUAAAAAUAAUAUUGAAUGUGAAAUCUUUCAAGUUAUAAAAGAAGAUAUAUUGGACCAUUUCCCUAACACCAAUAUAUUACAAGAAAUAGAAAAUAACGACUUACAACAAUAUGAUAACAAUCUAAAUAUUAUCAAAAAAUGGGUUCUCUCAUAUAUAUGA